AGUAACGUUACGACUUCAGAAACUCCACCUUCUUCACAAUCGAACGUCAUAGACUGAACCAAACCCAUAGACCAAACCAGAAAAACACAUAGUAAACGAAGAGAUCUGUUUCUUUUUUUUAAUCGACUUGUUCUGCCCGGAAUGCAAGAGGAAGGACAGACAGAUUCGUCUUUGCCAUUGUUGAGACAUUUUUAAAAAGUAUAGGAGAUAAAAGCGCAUUACAAUUCCAUUCACACAACAAUCCUAUAUUUAUUUAGUUUAGCCAUAUACCUUUUUAUACAACGAUGUCAUGUUGGGGAAUAUUUAUGCGGAGACAAUACCAGUUCUCCUCGCUGUUAAAAAUGCAUCAACUCAACAUUCAACCUAUGUGUCAUCACCAUCGGAGAGGAUUGCAUAAAACUACUGCUUUCAAAACAUAUGAUGUGAGAAAAGUGGAGUUAAUGCCACUGGAGCAGAGGAAACUCACGUUUGAUUCCCAUGCGCUCGUGAAAGAGCUGGAAUCCAGCGGCUUUGAGAAGAGGCAAGCAGAAGUGAUUGUCUCAGCAUUGGUGACACUUACUACAGCCAAUAUGGACAUUGUAUACAGAGACAUGGUCACUGGAGCCCAUCAGGAAAUAGCUCUACAACAAAUCAUGGCUCAUCUAGACGCUAUCAGGAAAGACAUGGUUAUCCUAGAGAAGAGUGAAUUUGCCAACUUGCGUUCAGAAAAUGCAAAAAUGAAAACAGAGCUGGAGCAAAUACAGAAUAGACUACUGGAAGAAAGUCAAAAAAUCAGAGCAGAUGCAAAGUUAGACAUUAAUCUGGAGCGAAGUAGAGUUACAGACAUGUUUACAGAACAAGAGAAGAAACUUAUGGAGGUUAGAACAGAGUUCCAAAAAAAGAAUGCAGAUAUAGAGAGUGAAGCUGUGGAAACUUCAAAGAAAAUAGAUAUACAAGUAGCCUCAUUGAAAACCCUCCUGGAAUCCCUCAAGCUAGAGACUAUUAGAUAUCUUGCAGCAUGCAUCUUCACCUGCUUGGCAAUUGCCUUGGGAUUCUAUCGCUUCUGGAAAUGAACCUCACAAAACUGGGAGAGAUUUAAUGGCCAGAGUUUUAUCUAAAAGGUUUUUCGAUUUUUUUUUUUUACUCAUGUGUAUUCAUUGUAUUAUAUUUUUCGUGUGCGAAUCAUAAAUCUGUUUUUUUUUUUAGACCAGAAUUUAGAUUAUAUGGCAUGGUUGGCCAAAUCAAAAUUAAUUAUAGGCCAACUUUGGCCCACAUGUCCUGGUUUGGGCAUUUCCGCUUCAGACCAAAGUGCAUUCAUGCCAAGUUGGGAUUUCGAGAUUCCGAUUUGCAAAAAGCGCUCACAUCCAUCCACUUAGAAAUUGCAUUUCCAUCUUGUAAACUCAGGAGAGUUCUGAUCCAUCUCAACAGCUCAGAAUAGAAUGUUUAAUUAUAGUAAUUAUGACAUGGUGUGAACACAGCACAAUCAUAGAAAUUCCAACAAUUGUCUUUUUUUUUUAUAUUGCCAAGAAAUGCUCAAGAUUUUGACAAUACAUUUGCAUGAACAGGCAAAUAUUAUCUAUGUAAAAAGAUUUGCCACCUUUUUUACAUUGUAGAAAAUGUAUUUAAAGUUACCAUGAAAUUCUUAUUUUUAUGGAAUGUUAAGGGUUAUUAAAACUGAAUCUGAUAUA